AUGGAGCCAUUUGCAAACUACAUUACAAUGUACACUUUACCAAAACUAUUCCUCAAGAAUAAUCUCCAAUUUAGUUUGGAAUCUAAAGCUGAUCUUGUUUUACAAACUGAAUUCACUAGCUUUAUAUCUAAAAGAGAAUAUUUCACCUACAUGAUGGCUCAAAUUAUUUCUUGUAAAUUGAAGAAAAUGGAAAAUAUCAUUCCAAAUAGUUCAACAAAUAGUGAAGGAGAAUUGAUUGGAUUAUUCGAUGAUGCAUUGGAUUCUUUCUCUGCUCCAUCUGGCUCAACACUUUCAGAACUUCUUCAAAUAUUAUUCUCACUUGUUAAGGUUUCGGAUAUUUUCAAACACUUACAUGCAAAGAAUGUCAUUCAUUUUGAUAUCAAAACUAGCAACUUGUUGGUCAAAAAGAUUAGAAUUAAUGAUUCAGAGAUUAUUCACCAAGUCGAACUAUCAGAUUUUGAUGUUUCUCCAAAUAUUGAGAAAACUGAUAUAGUUUCUUACAUCAAAUCCGAAAUACCAUUCUACUAUUUUGCACCAGAAUUGAGAAAUAGACAAGAAAACACAGAGUUAAUUGAUAGAUCUUUGGAUAUUUACAGCUUUGGAGUCAUAAUGCAAAAACUCCUAACAGAAUUCAAACCUAACACAGCUGCUAUUUUAGAUAGUUUAUUUACAGGUUCCAAGUUUUCCAGAUACAACAAACAAGCUAGUAAGAUUCGUUAUUUGGGAUUGAAAUGUGUUGAUAUGGAUCCAAAUAAUAGACCAAACUUUGAUGAAAUUCAUGAUGAAUUGAUUGAAAUUACAACUCAAGUUUAUUUGUUGUAUAUGGUAGGAUCAGUGUAUAAUGCAAAAAAAUUAAUAUUUUAA